AUAGUCAAGCUUUGUUCCAAUUCCAAAACCAAAAAUUAUGCAUAGAUUAGCAUUAUUUUUAUCUGCUACUCUGUCUAAAACCCUUAAGUAGAAAGAAAUAAAGGAUUUACUAAAACUAAUAAAUUUCCAAUCUGCCGAUCCAUCAAUUUUAAUGAGACUGUUUCGAAUUCCGAAUCGUCUUGUCACGGGGUGAAUUCGUAAAAUUUUAGAUUAACAUUUAAGUUUUUUUUGUUAACUGUGUGAUAUUAUAUUAAACAAAUAGGAUAUUUAGUGGAGGUAGGAUCUACGGAUUCCCAUAAUCUGUUGUGAAUAUAAUAAUUCGAUUUUAUUUAAGCAAUAAAUAUGAGCGCAACUAAUUCUAGAAGACGAAAUUCUCGUGUGCGAAACAUUCAAGGUUCCACAGCUAAUGUGACGUCUACUGCUGAAGAUUUGUCUACAUCUAAAGCUUUAGUUAUAGUUGCCAUAAUAUUUGUAUCGUCACUGCUAGCUUUGGGGCUGUUAUACAGACAAUUUCCAGAUUUGGAAGAGCAUGAGAAGCAACAUUUGCACUUACCAUGGGACCUUGAAGAUGCUAAACACUUAGGUUUAGUGCUAGACCAAUAUAAGGAAAAAUAUUUUUAUGAAGUUUUAUUUGGAGUCUUCCUAGUUUACAUUUUUUUGCAAACAUUUGCAAUACCUGGAUCUAUUUUUCUAAGUAUUCUUUCAGGGUUCUUGUUCCCAUUUUAUUUAGCAUUACUUUUAGUUUGCUGCUGUUCAGCCAUUGGUGCAAGUUUAUGUUUCUUCCUGUCAAACCUGCUUGGAAAGAAACUAGUGAAGAAGUUUUUCCCAGAGAGGGCUGCACAGUGGUCUAAGGCAGUCACAAAGCACAGAAAUAAUUUGCUCAACUAUAUAAUUUUUAUGAGAGUGACUCCUUUUUUACCAAACUGGUUUAUUAAUAUGUCAGCACCUGUAAUUGGAGUGCCAUUAGUACCAUUUGCUUUAGGAACAUUCAUUGGUGUAGCACCACCAUCUUUUGUGGCUAUCCAGGCUGGACAAACUCUGCACACAUUGACGUCCACAAGUGAUGCCUGGUCAUGGACUUCAGUCACAGUCCUCAGUGUAUUCGCACUUGUCUCAUUAGUACCAGUAUUCCUCAAAGAAAAGUUGAAAGAAAAGUUUGAAUGAAUGCAUUAGUUGAUUUUUAGUUAAUUUUAUUUAUUUAUUUAAUGAAUGAAUUGGUGUUUUGUACAUUCCAUUCUUGUGUUUUAUUUGUAUUGUGAAGCCAUUGUCAGCAGUAUGACCCAACAUGUGCAAUGAAAGUGUUGUUUCCCAUAGAGUGCUGGACUGUAGGUCUCCAGUACCACCAAUUGUACCAAACUGAAAUAAAGUUACAUUUUUAUUAGGUCUUUUUCUCAA